AUGUCUUUCAUACCUAGCCCUCAACAGCAAUUGACCUCCGCCACCGACGCAGCAAAAAGAACAAAGCAUGGGUCAGAUUAUAGCAAAGACACUAGUCGAGUACCUGUGCAUCCAAUCUCUCAAUUACAAGGGCCUUUUGAAGAGUCGAUAAUUGAAGCCACCGAAGGAACCGAAAGCGAAUGGAUGGUUGUGCUUGAUGCGCAAUCCCGGCGCAGAGACCUGCUAGAGAGUAUCAAAUAUGAACGACUAUAUCACCCAUUUUGGAAGCUUGUCUCUCAGAUAUCCUUUGGCAUCUACCUUCUAGCUCAUAGGCUAGCCAAGUCCGAUUCAGAAGUCCUGAGAAUCCUUCAAGGCCAUGUGGAUGAGUUAGACGGCUUUCUCGGAAGGACUAUCGAAGACUUCCUUAUAAUACAGAUCGAUGUGCGCACACGGAUUCAAUAUCUCAGUCUUCCCCUUCAGAACUUAGAGCUCUUCGAUGAGAUGUUACAGGACCGCAACUUCCGCCUCGCCGUCGUUGACUAUAACGAAAAGAUUGAGCAUGCCGUUGAAAGGUUCACUAUUGCCGUUGGAGAUUCUUUAAAAGAUAUGCAGAAAGGCAAGGAUGCCAUUGGGGCUCUAUGGCAAUAUCUUAAACAGUCUGCAAAAGAAUACGGACCCCUGUCUAGCAAGGUAUUCGCGAUUUAUGAUGCCAUGCUGGCAAAUACGGAGGGCUGGAAUACAGUCUUUUCGGAACUCCGCCAUAAAGGGGUUGCACUCCACUCGGCACUGUCUCAACUUGGCCUGGCAACCACCGAAAUGCAAAGGCGUGUAGGUGUAGCGAGCAGGAAAGAGGCGAUGCCUUCCAUACAAACAGCAACUGCUACGUACCGAAGCAAAUCAAUAAGAGGACGACUGUCUGAAAAGCGGACGUCGAUUAUUGCUUUAGGUCAUUCUAGUUCGGAAAAGCCUCUGCCGCGUGACCCGUGCUUGUCAGAUUUCACAAACAAGUCAGCCGGGGCAUCUCUAUGGGGCACUGAACGUCACAGAAUCACGCGAAAGAGUGCCCCGAAUCUCCGAGCAUUGCACGAGUCUCAUAAUCGUAAAGGGCAUGCAACCCUCCCACGUGAAGCAGAAUCUCUAAAUUCUGACAUAGGCGGCUCUAGUCUGACUACGCUUGUGCCGAGAAUUCAAAGGAACCUUAGCAGGAGGUUUUCAAAAGCUAGAUCUACCAAUAAGGGGCCUGAGAGCGAGAAUGUCGAAAUAAAGCAAUCCCGGCCCGCUACAGCGCCUUGUAAGGCUUUGAGGUCCCGAAGUAUCUCCCUAGAGCAAUUGACCUCCCGGAAACUCAAGAAAGACCAGCAGCACGACCAACAGGAUAUAGUAGAGCCGCCUCCGAAGUCACCGCCAAGACAACCUUAUACUGCCCGAGCACCAAUAAGACGAGAAACAAUGAUAAAUCAGUUAUUGCAUUACUUCAAGUCGGAUCGAGUAGUCGAUGACUGGGAGAGCACGAUUCGAAAAGAAAAGGUUGCUUGCUAUCCCCCACAGAGAAGGAAGGAGGGGCCUUGCAGCGAGUUCUGUGCGACAUCAACAACGCCUGAGGCCUCCGGACAGCUUCAAACAGAAGUAUUUGGAGACGAGCUGGAAAGAUCAAUGGCCUGGUUACAGGGCAAUACAUCACAGAACACCUAUUCUCUGAAAUUGAAACGUCAUAUUGCACCUAGAAUCCACGCCCUUUCGGUCCAUAUGACACUGGCAGAAGAGCUAGAAGAGGACUGUGGUGCCAACGAUAGCCAUGAUAACGAAACAACAGGGCUAGAGACACAUUCGAUCAUAACAGCCCUGCCAUGUGUACCAUCUCCAUUAUCUUGGGCUAAGUUUUGUUACUUGGAGAUUGUCUAUGAGCGAAGCCUUACUUCGGCUCUCUUAAGCAUAAGCACUUACACAGCCAAGACUAUGCUACUCUUCUGGAAGAAUUUGAAACACUUCUUCCUAUCAUUGCCAGACAAGUGA